UGGUCUGCGGAGCUGCUGCUUCCCAGGUCUGGGUCGGCUGAGUCACGGCCCGGCCCGGCCCGGCCUAGCGAGCACGCGUGCCCGCCGCCCCGAAGCAGCUGCCACCGGACCUUGGGACCUCUGCACUUGACUCUUGCGGCCGGGCACAAAACCUUCGGCCGUUGCCGUAGCGACUGGCAGUCUAGCGAAUACCCCCUUCACUUUUUAUCGCCCUCGUUUCUCAGUUCAUUGUUUGGUUAUUUUAGGGUCAGUCCGAUGACCCUAUAGGUCGGGCUUGGAGGGCGCCGGCUCUCUGGCGGCAGACUGCCCUCGUCUGGGCGCUGGGCAGCCGGCUGCCUCUGAGGCUGGGGCGGCCUCCCCGGUCUCCAUGGUAACGGCCCGGCCGGCGUCUCUGCUUCGGGGGGAAGAUGCGGCCUGCCGGGUCCGCCGCCUCGCCCCCGGCCUCACGGGCGGGCCGGGGCCACUGAGAAGGAAGGUCCCGGCCGCCGGACGGCGGGGCAUUGGUCACCAGUCGGCCGGAGAACGAGACGGUCAGCAGCUUAUGGAGAGGCUGAGAGAAGCGUUUUUUGACUUCUGUCCAAACUGGGAAAGUACCUUUAAACUACUGGAUUCACGGACUGGUUUUCCUUCGUUUUCAGUGAAAUCCCAUUCUCUGGCUGGAGACACAGAUGGCCUCAAAUGAGAGAGAUGCUAUAUCGUGGUACCAAAAGAAGAUUGGAGCAUAUGAUCAGCAGAUAUGGGAAAAGUCAAUCGAACAGACUCAGAUUAAGGGCUUCAAAAACAAACCAAAAAAGAUGGGUCACAUAAAGGCAGACUUGAUUGAUGUUGACUUAAUCAGAGGCUCAACAUUUGCUAAAGCCAAACCUGAAAUUCCAUGGACAUCUCUGACUCGGAAGGGGCUUGUUCGAGUUGUGUUUUUUCCACUUUUCAGCAGUUGGUGGAUUCAAGUUACCUCUUUAAGAAUCUUUGUUUGGCUGCUACUGCUUUACCUCAUGCAAGUGAUAGCACUCGUGUUAUAUUUUAUGAUGCCUAUCGUGAAUGUAAGUGAAGUCCUCGGACCCUUGUGCCUUAUGUUACUCAUGGGAACUGUCCACUGUCAAAUUGUGUCUACUCAGAUAACAAGGCCAUCAGGGAACAAUGGAAAUCGGAGAAGAAGAAAAUUACGAAAAACUGUGAAUGGUGAUGGGAGCCGAGAAAAUGGAAAUAACUCCUCUGAUAAAGCCAGAGGAGUGGAAACUUUGGAAUCUGCACCCCUUAAUGGUAGUUUUUGGAGGACUCUCUUUGGCAACAGGAUGAAAAGAGUUAAAUUAAUAUGUAACAGAGGGACGGAAACUGACUAUGAUUCAGGUUGUCUGCAUCCUAUCAUCAAGAAGAGACAGUGUCGACCAGAGAUCAGAAUGUGGCAAACAAGAGAGAAAGCAAAAUUUUCCGAUGGAGAAAAGGGCCGUAGGGAGUCUUUUAGGCGUUUGGGUAAUGGGAUUUCAGAUGAUCUGUCAAGUGACGAUGACGGUGAAGCCCAGACACAGAUGAUGAUACUGCGGAGGAGUGUGGAAGGGGCCUCAAGUGACAACGGUUGUGAAAUUAAGAGUAGAAAAUCAAUACUUUCAAGACAACUAAACACUCAGGUAAAAAAGACCACUUCCAAGUGGUGCUCUGUUGUGCGGGAUUCAGAUAGCCUGGCUGAAUCAGAGUUUGAAUCAGCAGCCUUCAGUCAGGGCUCUAGGUCUGGCAUGAGUGGUGGCUCUCGAAGCCUCAACAUGUUGAGAAGAGACUCGGAGAGCACCCGCCACGACUCGGAGACAGAGGACAUGUUAUGGGAUGACCUGCUGCAUGGCCCUGAGUGCCGGUCAUCUGUCACCAGCGACAGUGAGGGGGCACAUGUGAGCUCCCUUCACUCAGGGACCAAACGGGACCCCAAAGAGGAUGUUUUCCAGCAGAACCAUUUAUUCUGGCUUCAGAACUCAAGUCCUGCCUCGGAUCGAGUUAGUGCAAUAAUCUGGGAAGGGAAUGAGUGCAAAAAGAUGGAUAUGUCUGUGUUGGAAAUAAGUGGCAUCAUCAUGAGCAGGGUUAAUGCAUAUCAGCAAGGAGUAGGUUAUCAGAUGCUGGGAAAUGUCGUCACCAUUGGAUUAGCAUUUUUCCCUUUUUUACACCGACUGUUCCGUGAGAAGAACCUUGACCAGCUAAAGUCCAUCUCAGCUGAGGAGAUCUUGACUCUCUUUUGUGGGGCACCACCUGUUACACCUAUUAUUAUUUUGUCUAUAAUUAACUUUUUUGAGCGACUGUGUCUUACCUGGAUGUUUUUUUUCAUGAUGUGUGUGGCAGAGAGAACAUAUAAACAGAGAUUUUUAUUUGCAAAACUCUUCAGCCAUAUUACUUCUGCCAGGAAAGCUAGGAAAUAUGAAAUACCUCAUUUCAGACUUAAAAAGGUGGAGAACAUUAAGAUAUGGUUAUCACUGCGUUCCUUUCUAAAGAGACGGGGCCCACAGCGAUCGGUGGACGUCGUUGUGUCUUCCGUCUUCCUGCUGACACUUUCCAUUGCUUUCAUUUGUUGUGCCCAGGUACUCCGUGGACAUAAAACUUUCCUAAAUGAUGCUUAUAAUUGGGAGUUUUUGAUCUGGGAAUCAGCUUUACUACUUUUCUUACUGCGCUUAGCCUCACUGGGGUCUGAAACCAAUAAGAAAUACAGCAAUGUCUCAAUAUUACUUACUGAACAGAUUAAUUUAUAUCUUAAAAUGGAAAAAAAGCCGAAUAAGAAAGAACAGCUUACCCUAGUAAACAAUGUGUUAAAGCUCUCCACCAAGUUGUUAAAAGAGUUGGACACACCAUUUAGACUCUAUGGACUAACGAUGAAUCCCUUAAUCUACAAUAUCACACGAGUCGUUAUCCUUUCUGCAGUCUCGGGUGUUAUAAGUGAUCUUCUAGGAUUUAAUAUAAGACUGUGGAAAAUUAAGUCAUAAGCUGAGUCAUGUGCCUGGACUCUCUCCCCUUGCUGGCAUCAGUGCUUACCCCAUUAAGGAAAGAGAUGACUGCAAAACCAUGAGACACGCACCUGCUUGUUCAUACGCAGAGGUGCCCUCAGCUCUCCUAAUCUAAUGAAUCGUGUUUUCAGAGGAACAGAGCCUUUUCCAACUGGGCGUGCAUGCCAAAAUCCUGUAUUUUCAUGGUUUUCAAAUAGUAUGAAUAGUCAGGAGACUGAAGAAUGUUGUGUUAUAGUAACUUAAGGACAACUUUUUAAGUUAGGAAAUUUAUUCUGGGCAUUUCAAUGCUGUGACAGUUAUAUUUACUGGAAAUACUCUUUUGGGUAGAUGCCCAAAGCAUGAAGCAAAAUCCUAUAUUGGAAAUAUGCAAAUUCAGUACUUUUCUAUUACAGUCUAUAGAACUGGAUAUUUCAUUUCUCUAGCAAAGAGAGAUCAAGUUUAAAUUUUAACUAUUUUAGGUUGAACCUGAAUAAAAGAACUUUAUUGGAGAA